AUGCUUCAUUUAGGCUUGUCCGGUCGUCAUCUUAUCUGUCAAGAGCAGCGAGUACAAGGCUUCCUCAAAGAAUCAGAUCGCUCAACAGCACCCACACCGGAAGAACGACCAGUAUUGUCCAAGACUGAGCGGGAAAGACGGCCUACGAGAUAUCUACAGCCCUCGCUCCCUAAACCCCAAAGAGGACCCUUUAGUCACUAUGCUAUCCUCGCUCAGAAGCAGACUGGCCAUACUAGUGAGCAGCAGACAAAGCAAGAUCAGUACUCGAAUGAGCCUAGAUCAACAAACACUGGGUCUUUGGAUACAGCUGCUAGAAGACCCAAUCUCAGUGCAUCUGAAGAGGAAGUACAGGCUUUCACAGGCCUAAAUAACACUCAAUGGACUAGCUUCCUUAACAUCACCCAGGACAAGGCGCUCUCUUGCGUCGCAGCGCACCCGGGCUUACAGUGGAGCAAGCACAAAGCUAGUAGCAAGAUAGAUGUCUUCGUGAAAGUCAACGAUGAGCUUGUAGAAGAAGGGAUUCACCGCAUCAAUGAUAGCGCCAUCGACUGGAGGAUGCAUCAGGUCGUCCGCGACAUCAUCAGGAAAGAAUCAACUAGCACAGUAUCCAGGAACGAGACGCCUUCGUCGAGCACUUCUACAACCUGUCAACCAGGCAAGUCUUCAACUCCUCCACACAAGCCCUCUGCAGUUCUUCCUUCGCAUAAGCUCUGCGACACAACCAGUCAACCCUACGAACCGUCAAUUUCGCACAAUUACGAUCUCUUAAAAAAAAAAGUUUAACAUGUACUUGACAGGGUUGAACAAAAGCAGCCUACAGAAGAUGCCAAUGUAAUCCAGGCAGCACAAC